GCAGUGGUUGCCACCCCUUACGGGCUCGCCGCCCACCCCUAGUCCGCACAAUCUGGACCCCUUGCCCGAGCUCUAUUUAUGUGGCAAGGGCCGGAAACGGCGGCGAGAGUAAGCGUCGAUGUCGAAAGGAAACGAAGAUCGUUGCCCGCAGAUAUCCGGGCUACACGCCGUGGUGGUGUGCCUGUUGUUGGGCGCGGUGGUGCUCGUGGUCGGUCUCGUCCAACUCGUCCCGGGUGCAACGACCACCAACCACAGGUUGGCGUUACUCAUAGCAGGCGCUGCCCUAAUUAUAAUGGGCUUCAUCCUGGCGGGCGUGAGAUGUUACGUGUUACACUGCAUGCCGCUUCCGGCCGAGUCGCCGGUUGCGACGCCGAUUCCACCGCCGGUGAGCGAGCAGGCACCCGCCGUACCUAAGGGCACCCUGGACCUUCUCGUGGGCCAUCAGAGCCAGCCGGAGACCGAUGCUCUCGUGCAGCAGCAUCGGGAGUUCCAUCACCAUCAUCAGCAUUAUCAUCACAACAACCACAAGAAGAAACGUAGUUCUCAGGGCUCGCAUUCCGAAGAGGCCUAAAAUACAAACGAACGAAAAGAGAAUAGGGCGGAAUGGAGAAAUGGGGGGGGGGGGGGGUUUAGAAAUCUCGUUCGCGCGAAAGUCGAAUCCGAUAAGAGAGUCACUCUCGAGCGAGAGACAAAGGGGGAAGGCAGGGACGUUGAGGCUGGGUUGAAUUUCUUCGGAAGGGAGAACAUCGCCAUUCUUUCGUAACAUCUUGAAGUAUAUGCGGAAUUUCCCAGAACGCGGCGCAUUCUCCGCGAAUGGGGGUGAAACUGUUAAACGUAAGAGAGAUGAUAAUCGGCUUGACGUCGAGAUAGGAGGAUAGGUGCGAUAAAUUAUUAAUGACAAGAACGAACGAUCGUAUAUAGAUAGCGAUUAUUUAGCCCCCGAGAGAAAGCGCCGACGUCUAGGAUAUCCUGUAUAUAUCCUGUACAUAUGCCAAUGUGUAUAGAUAUGAGAGUACAGAGUGGUUUUCUAUCGCGACUAAAAAAACAAAAAGAGAGAGAGAGAGAGAGGGAAAGAGAGAAAGAGAUCCGCGGGAUAUGUUUCUUCUCGUAAGAAAAACAGAAACAACAUUUUCUUUAUCGGAGGUAUAGAGCGAGAGGUUUAUAUUAUCGGGACGAGUCUAUGAGAUUUUGACUUUUGACAUUCUUUUUGUAACAAGGAAAACUGCUAAUCAGGUUUUGGCGAAAUAUCGGCGAAAUCCUAGUUACGUACAUUGGUAUCUAUAUACAUAUAAUAUAUAACAACAUAACUAAUUUACGUUGCAAAUGUAUAUGCCGAGGCAAGUGCACUUUUCUACCUGAUGUACCGAGGAUUCGAUAUAUCUAACGACAUUCUUUUAUCACAAGACUUCUAGUAGAGAAAUUUCGUAGAAGAGACGUUCAAUCUACCGAUUGGUACAGAGUGGUUCGUUACUGGCCGAGAAACCGAAACGGAGUGGCAAUUUUAUAAAAAUUUUGUAAAAAGAAACGAUAGAGAGAGUUGAAAAACGUAAAAAAAAACUUCCAUAAAAGAUUCCUGUUGAUCAGAUAAUUACUAUCUCUUGUCACUUCGAAACUCGAACAACUUUCGACACAAAUUAUUCAACGCUACUGAAUGAAAUAAUUUAAUAAUCUUGCUUAAAAUUGAUAAAAAAUAUAGAAAAAUGUUAUUCUCUCAAAUAUAUUUAUAUUCACGCUUGAAUUAGCUGCGUUGAAUCGGAAGUUAACUUACAAACGGACGUUAUUGACUUUCUUAUCUUUCAGUUUUAUUUUCUUCAGAAAACAGAAGCUUCAUAUAUGAUAUGAUUUUGUGUUCUUUAUGUAUCCUUUUCAUGUAUAGAGUACCCCUUUCCGGGUUUUAUUGCCGAUAACGCACCACUCUAUAUACAAGUCGUAUUUAUUUCACUCGGAAAAAUACGCGCGGGAAAUCGGUGUAUGGGAGAAAACGUUGUGGGAAUCUACGCGAUUGAUCUCGUACGCGCGUCGCUUUAUCUUCGAUAUUCCCGACGAAGAACCUCGUAGAGAUAACACAAUUUAUAUAGAAUUCGAUUUAGAGGGAGGAUAGUCGAAAGGGGGCGAGGGGGGGGGAUAACGGAAAUGACAUAGAGGGAGGCGCGAUCGUAGAGAAGGAAACACGUCGAUGUCGAUACAUUAAUAACUUAAUUAGCGAUAAGGUUUUUCCAGCACCCUCGCGCACUAAUUAGCAAAAACCUCGAUGUUUACUUCUUCCAGAAAGGUCUUAGCGAAUAUCGGGAACGAAAUAGUCACGGCUGUUACCUAACGAUCUUCGCAGAUUCGCGCGUCCACGAAGCGCGCGACACAGGAAGGCGCGUGUCUUUUGCAUAAAAACAAAGAGUACAUGUACAUUGUCUUUUUACACUCGAUAUAUAUUUAUACCUAUAAGCGAGACAUUUAAUGAGAGUAUGUGCCUGCGCGCGGAGAAAGCCUCGUUCGAUCGUCGAAUUGAUCCAGAUCGUUUGUGUUCGUUCGACACUCGGUACAAAAAUUCAUCCGAAGACGCGGGAAUCGGUAUCGCCGGUGCCGAUCGCCCGCUCCUCUUACGCGCGAUUAUUUGUCACGCCGAUUUCACACGGGACGUGAUCAGGGUUCGAUGCAUUAUAUUUAUUAAACGUACGUUUCUCACACGGGAAUAAUUCUCGGCGCGCGGAUACACGUUCGUCUAUUGGGGUCCACUUAAAGUUAUCGCGUUUGAAAUUAAAAAAAAAAAAAAGAAAACGCUGUUGUACUAACAAUUACGAGAAUGUUUUACAAAACUGGCGUACAAUAUUAGGACGAUCCCGAUGUCCACGCGCAGCGAGAUAUCGCGGGAUCUCGCGAUCGCAUUGCACUUCCUAUGUUCUCUCAUUCACUGGCAGUCAUUUAGUCAUCAGUAAUGUCAGAAGUAGACGAGAAUAUCAUAGAUAUGCACAUUAUAUACAUACGCAUAUGGCAAACACGCACGCACACACGAGUACGAUAUAUAUACGCAUUAUAUAUAAAUCUAGCAUUAGCGGUCGGUCUGUUGCACUAACGCGUUGCGAUUUUAGUUGACUAUCUCUAGCUGGAUGUUAGAGGCCCCGUCUUUAGAUAUCCAGAUUCCAUCUGUAAUAUAUAACCGAAAAUAGAGAGUUUAAUUAGCCGCCGUUAUAUGGAGCAGUAAAACUGUCGUUGGUGCAAUCAGUCCUAAAAUAAAAUAGCGCAUCUGUCUAGCGACGGAUGUAAAUAUAGUGAGACGAGCUGUAAAGUGUAAACUUGCGAAAAUUUGCGGUAGUCAUUAAUCAGUUACGCGAGAUAACGUCGCGUAAAAGCCACGCAACAUUUAGCUUUCGUGACAACCUGACCUCCACACGUUUUAUUUCGCAGUGAAAUAAUAAGAUAACUGUACCCACAAUGUGGCUUACUGAAGAUUCAGAAAGUUUUCAUAUCUUUUCGAAACAAUCAAAGUUUUUUUACUUCGUCGAGAUAGAAAAAAACGACAAUUAUGGGGAUGCGAGAUAAGAAUUUCAAGCAACUUUGACGUAAAAUGCGCGUUCACGCACAGUUUAAAAAUAGGCUACUGGACUUAUUGAUUAACAGCGCUCGAAUUUAAAAUUUUAUUAAUUGUUACAAGAGAAACGUUAAAACGUUACAAGAGAACCGUCUCAAAUCGGACACAAGUAGUUCUUAUUAUCAAAAGAGCUUUUCGUGGAGCUAAAUAAAAAUUGUUUCAAAUCGAUAAUACUUAAUUAUUGAAUUUAUGUAAUAAUUCACUAUUGAAAAAUGAAAAAUAACAAAGCAUUAGACUAUGUACCAUAUUUUGGAUCAUAUAUAUAGGGUACAGUUAUUUUAUUACAAAUUACACACACACAUACACACAAAAUUUUCAUCGGUCAGCACACUGCCUAAUUUACACUCGACGCUCAUGAGAUCGCUGUAAUUGCCCUCGUAACAAAAGUCUGCUUGCAUUAUACGAGAGAGAAAGAAAAAAUGUUGGCGCAUUUCGAAAAAUUUUGCGGGACACGUGGCGUAUAAACGUUGUCGGGGUUUAUUUAAGGAAACGGAGUAUAUAGAAAGAGAAAGAUCACUCCGCCAACAAUUUGCGGAUCGCGAUCACUAAUGUUUAUUUUUACCAAUGCAGAUUAACUUUAAAUCUCGGUUUAACUUACUUUUUAUCUCUUUUCAGUUUUAGGAAUUAGAAAAAAGACAAAAAGUCAUACCGAGAUUAAAAAGUGAAUCCGCAUUAGUAAAAAUGGACAUAAGCCUGUCACCUAACACGCUUUCCACGCAUUGCUCAUCGCACUAUUAAGCAUAUUAUUAAGUAUCGUUCCUCUUUUCUUUUCCUAUACGUUGGCGCGUGUUGUGUAACAUGUCCCCUAUUAGACGAAAUACUUAAGAACGUUAGCGUGUACAUAGCGCUUCGUGCAAACUGGCGAUAACCGUAUCUCGAAAGUAGCUGUAUAUUUAGAGCGCGUAGAACACAGGUUCAUAUUAUUCAUUUAGAAAAGUUCUCUCCUCACACGUAAACAUAUAAUAUAUAUACAUAUAUGCAUACGUAUAUAUAUAUAUAUAUGUAUAUUCAUAAAUACAUAUACUAAGUCCUCGUUGUUGGUUGUUCCGGUCGUUGACGUUUCCGUUACUCUUUUCCGUUAAAGAGCCCGAAUGAUAGGUGCCAAUCGUAGCGAAUGUGUACUAAGACAAAAAGAAGACAAAGAAAAACGGUACUAUCGUUGCUCGGGGAUUAUUAAUUAAUUUAAGCGCGCGCUCACACAUAUACGAGAUACGUCAAGUGCGUAUUCGUGACACGAGGGAAAACGAAUCCAACCCGAAAGUUCAUCGUUCGGUUGUCAGUGAACGAACAACGAGAUUAUUAUUGUGCUAUUAAGCGAUAGACAAAUCAUCCGGCGAUGGUCCAGCGCGCUUGCGUCUUGUUUCCUGCAUCGCGUCUGCGGAUAUAAUAUAUGCUUUCUUUUUUCCUUUUUGCUAAUUUUGCUAAACGGCAAGCGUCGUUUCGGCAGUUGUCCCCGACUUCUUCAAAGGGAGUCGAGGAACGAAGUCGCUCGAAGUCUUGCAACACAGUAAUUCCAAAACGAACAAACAUAAAUACACACAUACAAAGGGUCGUGUACAUCAUACAUCAUUCUUUUACAUGUAUUCGUAAUUGUAUUAUUUUUUAUAUGCGUAUAUAAAAAAUGCGUCGUCCUUUUAUUUGUCUCAUCUCAUCGCGCGCGCGAGAGAAUAAUAGCGCUAGCUUAGAGAAGAGGUAUGCGGCUUCUUGUAAAUCUACGAUAGCAACAACCCUCUGUCUCUUCUACACUUGUGGUAUGCAUAUAUUCGCGCAUUAUAUCGACGACCAAUUAUUACGAAUGAGAGAGGCGAGUGCGCGCAAAGGCGGAGGUGCAAAAAAAGUGCUUUUUUCAGAAGACGAUCUUUCAGAUUUUGUAUAAACUUAUUAUACAAUAUUAUAUGUAUACACUCUAUCUUCCUAUAUAUAUAUACCUAUAUAUAUAAAAUAAUAUAAUUAUAAUUAUAAUUAUAAUUAUAUACUGUUACACACGCGCAGAGCCAUAUCUGCAACUCUAUGAACGUUUCGUUCGCGCGGCCGAACGGCGAUUAUGAAAGUUUCGUCACCACACUCUGCCCGAAUCUCUCGUAAUAACGGCGAGAGUGAUCUCGGCGCGAUCGACGGCGAUCGCGAUCUCGUUUUCUCGCCCGUCGAUCCGGCCGUGAAGCGAUCGCUUCGAACAAACGAGAUCCGGCCAGGCCGUCGUUCACGCCGCGCGGCGAGAAACGGGCGAUAUUAACCAUGUAUGUGAUUCUACAAUUAAACAGAAAACUGUAAGCAGAAGUCAACUCUAUCGCUAUUUUAACUUUCAGAGUUUAAUAAAACGUUUUCACUAACAGCAA